AACCCUUUGACCCCAUAAUCUUCGCCUCUUCAGGUGGAAACCUUCAUCCAAUCCUCACUCGUUAGAUUUUCCUCCACUGAUUUAGUCCAUUUCAACAACAACAAAAAAAUGAUAUGCCUAAUUCUUUCGACCUUAAAAUUUUGAACAAGGAAGAAGAAGAACCCAUCUAUAAUGGGAACCCACUUCCAAUUUGAUGAUAAACGCGUCCUGUUAAAAUCUUUCUGUAGAAUCAUGAUCACGUUUGGAAACUCUUUGUGGGUUUUGUCCUUCAAUUCCUUAUUCUUACUUUUUGGGUUCAUUUCCAAGUUGAUUAUCAGACUCUGCAGCAGCUUCAGAACGUGUAGUAAUAAUAAAGAUGAUAAAAUCGAUUUGGUUGAUUCCCCGGAAUUGGAACCAUUUGGGUUUUUACAGUCGGAGGGUUUUCACGAGUACUUAUUUGGGUUUCAGUUCCAGGCGAUUGAAGAAGGUGAGAGUGAAGAAGAAGAAGAAGAUCAUGACGACGGAAGAAACCCAGAAUCAGAUUACUCUGCUAUCACGGACACUCCCCUAGUUCACAGCGCGAUCAAGUUUCAGACUUUUCCCGUGAAAGCUUCACGCGGUUUCUUGGUGACUCCGGAAGAUGUAAGCUUUACUGUUAAAGAGAUGUUUGUACACCCGGAUAAUGAUUCUCAGAUGGUUUCCGCCAUGGAUGUUUCCGUUUCCGAUCACGGUUUAGAGACAAAACAAGAGGAAGGUGUUCCUGGAGGAGAAGACGUCUCUUCUGAAAAUCGUGAGGUGGACGAUGAGGAACGCGGUGUUGUCAGCGAGGGAGAUAAGUCCGAUGAAUCUUUGUCGCCUUCAAAAGAGCCAAAAGGACGUCAUAUGCUAUCUCAUUUCGAUCGAGAACGUGAUUUUUCUGCUUUUAGUGGAAGGACCCCAUUUCCAGUUUUAGAUAAUGAAGAUGAAGAAAAUGAUCUUGAUUUUCUAGAGCAAAUAUCGGAUUUGAUGAGGAAUUUCGAGGACGAUAGUAGAAGGAACGUCGCCAGCAAAGAUAAAGCUGUGAACUUUAAUGGAGAAAAUCAAGAAUCCCUCGAAUUAAUUGAUAGGGAGAUUCCAUUCACAACUUGUAAUGAUUAUUCAACGGAGGAGGAUGACGACGAUGAAGAAGGGUACAUCAUUGACUUCGAGUCGCACAGGGAAUUAGGGUUUAUUUCAGAGAGAAAAUCAACGGGUGAUGUUGAAGCGUCAUUAUCAAAUGAGAAGAAUACAUUCAGGAGAUGGGAUUUUGAUUUAGAAGAUGAAAAUGAAAAUGAAGAAGAAGAAGAAGAUGGGUUUAAAGACAUUCUGAUGCAACACAGAGUGAUGGUAGAACAGCUGAAAAUGGAUGCCAAGAGUUCGAGAAGCGGAAGGCUUGCGACGAUCAUGGAAGAAUGCGAGACCAUGAAAAUGGAUUUGAAGCCGUUGAGAUUAGAUGAAAGAUUGGAUCAUAAAGACCACAUGAAUGAGAUUCAAAAAGUCUACAGAAGCUACACAGAGAAGAUGAAGAAGCUUGACAUCUUGAAUUACCAGACAGUUCAUGCAAUCAGCUUUCUUCACAUGAAGGACCCAUCACCAUCGUCCUCAUCAUCAUCCCACAAAGACCCAACCUUGAAAUCGCCGGUUUCUGCAAUAAAAACGCUCAUUUUCUCGAGCAUGUGGCCGUGCAAGCUGCGCAGGAUCUACUCGGCCGAUCCGACGGUGAAAUCCAUGGCGGAACUCCACAGGGACCUUGAAACGGUGUACGUAGGACAAGCCUGUCUGUCGUGGGAGAUACUUCAAUGGCAAUACGACAAGUCGAAGGAGCUUCUUUUAAACGAUACCGACAGCCAACGGUCGUAUGGGCAAGCUGCUAUUGAAUUCCAGCAGUUUCAAGUUUUAGUUCAUAGGUUUGUAGAGAACGAGGCUUUUCAGGGUUCCAGAGUUGAAAACUACGCCAGGGAUCGUUGUUCACUUCGAACCAUACUUCAGGUUCCCGCCAUUAAAGACGAUGACUGCUUGAAGAACAGGACAAGGAGGGGAGAAAUCAAAGGAGCUGGAUCAGAAGAAGUAGAGAAGAAGAUCUCUAUCGCUGCACUGAUGGAUGUGAUAGAAGAAUCGAUGCGAUCGUUCUGGGAGUUCAUUCGGGCUGAUAAGGAGGAUGCCACGAUUUCGAUAUCCAAAAGCUUAUUAUACAACAGAGGAGCUGAACAACAACAACAAAAGAAGGAUCAAAUGGAACUUUUGAAUCAGCUGAAAACAAUUCUUCAAAAGAAGGAGAAAAGGGUGAAGGGAAUAGUGAAGAGUGGGAAUUGUUUAGUGAGGAAAUUUCAAAAAAGGCAGAAAGAAGGAAGAAGAAGAGAGAAAGAUGAAUGGACAGAGCCACAGCUGAUUGCGCAGGUGGAAUUGAAGCUGGUGGGAAGGGUUAUGAACAAGACAAGAUUAACGCAAGAUCAGUUGAUUUGGUGCCAGAAGAAACUCAACGACCUCACCGUAAUCAAAGGGAACAUCCAAAUCGAACCUUCUUUUAUGCUCUUUCCUUUCUAACAGCAGCUUCUUUUAUUGUGUAUAUAUAUAUAACACAUGUUCUUAUUAGACUUAGACGACGACGACGACAGCUUCCCAGUUGGCCAUGGUGGUGAAUCCUUAUAAACAAAAUAUCACCAUCAUGAUGACCAAACAAACUGUGAGAGGUCUGAUUUAGGAUAUAUCUUAAUUACAUCACACCAAAUAAA